AGAGUGGAGGCGAGGCGUCACAGUGUAGGAGUGCGAGGUGUGGCCUCUGGUGGCCCCGACCUGCCAGCUCUCACGCCUUCAAAACAUCAACACUGUGUCACCUGGAGAUGCUGGGGGAGGUCGCCGCUUACCUGCACGAGGAGAUUUGCGUGUGAAGUGGACGUUUAGGAAGAGUAGUGGUGUGGUGGGGUUAGAGCAAUGGUUGUGAGCGGCCUGAAGCAGCUGUACAGCACCACUUACAGCCAGGCCAGCUGCCCUGAAGCAGCACUGCUUGCCGCUGGUAACAACGAAGGCAAAAUUACCGUUUUUGACUUAUCAGGUGUAAAUGCCAGUCGAGAAUCAGGUGUUGGUGAACGACUUGGGGGACCAUGCAAGAUAAUCAAUGCUCAUAGUGAUGCAGUCUAUUCUAUGGUGUCUACUGAUGCUUUCUGCAUCUCGGGAACAACAGGUUUGAUUACAGGGCGUCGGUGGAAUGAAUUGAGGCAUCAACAGUCCCAGCCAGCAUGGACAAUAUCUCUGGAAUGUGACCAAGCCAAUUUUGGGACACCAGAAGUAAACAGCUUAUCAUAUGACUCGGCAAGAGGUCUUGUUUAUGCAGCUUGUGGUGACUGGCGCACUCACGUGUAUGACCUGGAAACUGGUAAACGUACACAGACGUUGGAAGGGCAUGAUGACUAUGUACACGAUGUGGUUACCAGUGGUAACUUGGUUGCUAGUGGUGGUGAAGACGGUCAGGUGUUUGUGUGGGACCCACGGGCAGGAAGGGAGCCUCGGCAUAAAUUGGCACCUCACACCCAAGAUCAGCUGGCUAGACCACAUCUUGGGAGAUUCAUAGCAUCUCUUGAUCUCUACAAUGACUGGCUUGUAUGUGGGGGUGGUCCACGGGCAGGAAUCUUUCACUUACGGUCCUUGGCUUUAACAACAGUCUUGCCCUCUGCCAAAGCAGCCAUCCAUGUCACUAAAUUCACAAGGCAUGCAGAAGGUGGUGAUCGAGGGGGUAUUGUGAUAGCAGGUGUGAUGCCUCACCUCUGUGUGUGCAGCAUGGCUGGUGUGGUCACAGCGCAGCUUCCGUCUUCCUCUCCGUGUAUCUACACUGUCAAUGUGACUGACAAACCCUUCACGAUGAUGACUUAUGGGGGAACAAGCACGAAAAUGGACGUUUGUUUCAACCUAAAUUAUCGGGAUCAUACAGUGUCAUUGUUUGAAGAUUGAUUGCCAAAUAUUUAUAAAGAGCAGGAGGGAUUGCCGAAAUAGACGGAAUACAGAGAACAUAGACAGCAUGCAUACACACAAUAAAACGUCUAAACAAUCAACUUGAGAACGGUCCAGGACGGACCGAAACGUCGUCGUCACUUCACUUUCUAGUGUGUGGUUUGGUCAACAUAUCACACAAGAUUAUCACAGGUCAGACAUAGCAUACAAGGAAACAGCAACAGGUCACUAAUACCAAAUACUUGCUCCAUUAAGAUGAGUAAACGUGGGGAAAAGAGCAAGGAACAAGCAGGGCGAUUAGAAAACUAACAUUGCAGUUGAGCAUGAUUUUGAUCAGGUCCUGUUGUUAGAGACAAGGUCAAGUAUGUAAUAACCUUAUGGAACCUCCAUAAUGUACAAAACUUUACACAAUAUGAAUGUUAAUAAAAAAUUUAUUCUACAUCACUA